CGGGCUCGCUUGGUAAACUUGCGCGUGUUCGAAUGAUUUUUUCAAAUUUGAUACAGAUGGCGCUGGACGCGCAUUUCGAGGGAAACUUGAAUUUCAAAGUCGUGUCGACUAACUGACGCAUUAUAGAAAGAACCGGCGUUCUAUUGUAAGAUCUCCGAAACAGUGUAACACUGACCGUGUGAGUAGGGUGAACGACGACAAUUGGAUUUGAGUUUCCAUCGAGUUGACGCAGUUCGAUUCUGACCGUGAAAAUACGAACGUAAACUCGAACGUGUGGUUGACUUUGUUUAUAAAAAUUUACCUGGCUGCUACGUGAACUCACCCGAGACUAUUCUUGUUAUCGGAGGAAAACAAACCGUCGACACUCGUUUAUAUUUACUCCAAAGGCGUCGAGACAACGAUUUCUUUGUUCUUUCUUUGAAGAAAAAACCAACAAAGAAUAAAAAUGGAAGAAUACGAUAGAUACAUUUGUAAAGAUAUGAGAGGCUUGUACAGCCUAAUAUUCAAAAAUACUAAUAAUAUGAAAAAAGAAGAAAUGCAAGAAAUAUUUUCAGAGUAUGGACCUGUUGCUGAGAUUAAAGCAGCAGGAGAUACAAGAGGAUAUCACUUUAUUCGAUAUCAAAACUUGGAAGAGGCUAAGUUGGCUAUGAUAGGUAUGAAAGAUCAUUCCAAAAUUAAUUUGUUGCAACAUGUUAAAAAAGAUAAAAACAAUGACAGAAAUCGUCAAAACAACUCUUCUGGAAAUAAAAACACAAAAGUACAAGAUCAGGUUGGUCAUAAGGAAAGCCAAAAAUUUAAUAAAGAUUCAACUCCUAAGGUUCAAAAUUCUGUUCCUUGGGAGGACUUUGGAAAAGAUCUCUCGAAAGACUCUUCUGAAAAUAAAAACUCAAAAGCACAAGAUCAGAUUCAUCACCAAAGGAAUCAAAAAUUGAAUAACAAUUCAACUUCUAAGGUUCAAAAUUCUGUUCCUUGGGAGAACUUUGGAAAAGAUCUCUCGAAAGACUCUUCUGAAAAUAAAAACUCAACAGCACAAGAUCAGAUUCAUCACAAGGGGAACCAAAAAUUGAAUAACGAAUCAACUCCUAGGAUUCAAAAUUCAGUUUCUUUGCAAAAUGAAAAAGAUAAUGAACUUAAUGAUACAACAAGUACUACAACGAGUGUUCCAUCCUUAAGAGAGGAGACUAAAAAAGUUACUACAAGACACAAGGAUAAAAGUAUACAUGAAGAUAUUUCAAUCGUUGAUGAAGUUCCUGACCUUGUAGCAUCUAACAAAAAUAUGCAAAAACCUAUAUUUUUAGAUGCACAAGAAGUGAUAGUUGGUAAUAUUCCAGAUAAACAUAGUAGUGCUUAUAUGUUGCAUCUUUUCCAAAAGUGGACACCACUUGCAGUUACUAAUAUUUCAACAACAAAGAAUAAUAUUAGAUUCUGCAGAAUAUAUUUAAUGUCAGAAAAAGAUGCUUGUGAAAUUGAAUCACGCUUUGAUAAAAUGGAAUUGUUAGGUCAAAGAUUAGUAGUUUUACGUCCUAAUCAAUUAAUAAAAGAAAGUAGUUUUAAAUUUUGUUAAUGAUGAUAUUUAUUCAUAUCAUCAAUUCAAUAUUGUUAUUUUGUACUCAAAGAUUUAUAAGUUUUGAAAUUGAAACUUCAUUAACCUAAUCAAGUAGAUUAAAACUAAUCAAUCAACAAUUAAAUUUUAAUUUAAUAUUUAAAAUUUAAUAAUCAAU